ACUCUCUAUAAAGUAUCCAUGUGGUUCCACAUCCACCCCAAAACAUGAGCGACCAUCAAAGACGCGGAGGUAAGCGCCGCAUCUCGCUCCUAGUUAAAAAUUUAAAGUACGAAACUUCCCCAGACAAGGUCAGAUCGCUAUUCUCGAGGUAUGGAGAAAUUCGCGAUGUUUAUCUCCCCCUCGACUACUACACGAAAAAACCCCGCGGUUUUGGAUUCGUAGAGUUCUACAAAGAAGAAGAUGCAGAUGAGGCCCUUAGGGGAAUGGACGGAGAGGAGAUUGAUGGAAACAAGGUGGAAGUGUUCCCUGCAAAACACGGGCGCUCCGACCCACGCGAAAUGAGACACCGAGAAUCUAGGCGUAGAGACAGGUCAUAUUCCAGAGGAAGACAACGAAGGAGACGAUCCUAUUCAAGAUCAAGAUCGCGGAGAAGAUACCGCAGCAGCUCCGGGGACCGCUCGGAUAGGCGCUCAAGGAGCCGCAGUGAAAGACGCUCCAGGUCGAUAAAACGAUCCGAAAGCUCAUCUGCAAGAUCCGUAAGCAGGAGGAGCAACUCUAGCAGCCGCUCAAGGAGCGUAAGUAGAAACAGUUCGUAAAGAGCAUAUAGUAAAUCCGGAUAGAGAAAUAGCCGUUCAGAUUCGCUCAAUGCCGUAGAAACCUAAUAGGUUUACAAACUUCAUCGACGUCAAACAAAUGAUAGACAUUUGAUAACUUAAUUCCGUAAGCGGCAGAGCGUAAAACUCAUCAUCACGGUUGUUG